GAGCGGGCUGUCAGUCGGGUGACAUGUGCGUGACCCCGGGGGUCAGGCGGCAGAGACGGUCGGUCGGUCAGUGGAGGAGCGAGUGAACGCGGAGAUGUCUCUGAAAACGACCGGAGGUCGCUUCUACAGCACCCGAUGCUGCGUCUUCUGCCAUGUCCGCACCGGCACCAUCGUCCUCGGAGCCUGGUACAUGGUGGUGAAUUUGCUGAUGGGCAUUUUGUUGACUGUGGCGGUAACUCACCCUGAAACUGUGCCCCCACUGGAUAUACAGUAUGAAGUUAUUGGAAACUAUUAUUCCUCAGACAGAGUAACAGAAAAUGCUUGUGUUGGGUUUACCAUCUCUCUUUUGAUGUUUACUAUCAGUGCCAUGUUGGUGUAUGGUGCUGUCACUCAUCGUGGAGGAUGGCUGAUUCCUUUCUUCUGCUACUUGUUGUUCAAUUUUGCCCUUUCUUGCCUUGUUGCCGUCAGCUCUCUCACCUAUGUUCCCAGGAUCAAGGACUAUCUUAGCCAAUUGCCUGAUUUUCCUUACAAGGAUGACCUACUUGCUUUGGACUCCAGUUGCCUUCUGCUGAUGGUUCUGCUUUCUUUUACCAUUAUUAUAACUAUUAAGGCUUACUUCAUUAACUGUGUUUGGAACUGCUACAAGUACAUCAACAACAGAAACACACCUGAGAUAUCUGUAUAUCCAGCUUUUGAAACACCAAUACAGUAUGUGCUCCCAACCUACGAAAUGGCUGUGAAGAUGCCGGAGAAGGAACCUCCGCCUCCAUACAUGCCUGCUUGAACACAAUGUAAAUCAAAAGCAAAAUGAGUGAUUUCUCUUAAAUUUGAAUCUGUUUAUCUUGCAUUUAAGCUUUGAAACUUUUUAAGAGCAAUACUGUGUUUGAGUAAAUCCUCGUGUCUAGGAGAUUUAUAUUUUGUAUGCAACAGUGAUUAAAACUAAACCUUGAAUAUUGAAACUAUUUUUAAACUAUCUCUUGUUAUUAGCUGGGUGAUCGUUUUUGAUCCAUCUACUUCAGUCCAAGAUUUUCAUCUGAAUUAUCCUUCAUUCAAAAUUACUUGAGAACCAUUUAAAAUUUAUCUGUAUGACAUUGAGUGUCAAGUUGAUUGUUUUAAGUCAAGAGGACCAAGCUAGUCAUUAAUUUGAAAGUUGACCAUUUGAAUAGAUGAGCAAUGAAAGCUUUGCUGGAAGGCUGUGCAGUUUGACAUUGCAAUACUUGGUUUCUACCACUAGAGGUUCUUAGUGAUUCAUUAUUAAAGGCUAAUGCAACCUCUUGAGGCAGAAAUCAUGUGCUACACAGAAUAUUUCCACUGAUCCUUCCAACUUUCUGCUUAUAGAUUUCAAUGCUUGGCAAUGUAAAUUCAGAAUAGUGAAUUGUCCAUUUGCAGUAAGGAAAUGUACUGUUGAAUGUAUGGGUCAAAUAUAUUUGCACUUGUUGACUUUUUUUCCUAUUUGUUUUAAGAUACUUUUCAGUUUAAUUUGAAUCCUUUAAGUGUGAGAUAAUAAUAAAGACAUUGUUGCUGUUUUCUGCAUUGUAUAGCUGAUAAAGUUUAAACAGUUUCAUUUUAAUGGUCACAUGGCUUUGUUGUUUUGAUUAACAAUAAUACUUCAAUUUAUGUUGCAGCUAAGUUUCACUUUCAGCUGAUUAGUUGAAUUAAAUAACUGAUGUAUCUCCAUGUACCUAAUGAAUAGGUUGAUUCUGGAAUAAAACAUAAUUUGUUAUAUUAAA